AUGAUGAUGAUUACAAGAGAUGUGAGUGUAUGCAGACGAAUAUGGUACGUAAUUACUCUGCUCUCGCUCUUAGGCCUCUACAUAUCCCUCGAUCAUAUGUGGCCAUCUGGAGAGUGUAAGUCACCAUCUCGGUCUCGGUUCCUCAGAGACGGUGCGGUGAGUGCCACCACAUUCUAUGCAGUUAUGCUAAUCAGAUUCCUCUUCUUCACCGAUCAUCAUCCCUCUCUCUCCUACAAAGACAAGGAGUUUAUUACACGGAGAGGGAUUAUUGCUCAGGCAACCUUCUCGUAUUUAGCCUUUGGUGCCCUCAUCUUUUCGCCAUUACUGUAUACAGUGUUGAUGAAAGAGUUUGUGUUGUCCGUGUCGUUAUUCACCAUCUCGUUGUUCACCGGAGGGAUAGGGCUUAUCCAGCUAUCGGAUAAACUUAGGAUGGAGAUGAGACAUGCUUUGCUUACGCUCUUCCUUGGAUGCUUGUUUUGUCUUUCUAGAAUCUUUAUGUGUUGUUCAUACGUCCAAGACACUCAGGGAUCUGCACCGUCACUUGGUUUAAUUUGUCAGUUGAUGCUUUCCGAUGUUUUCCUUAUUGCUAGUUUGCACGGCCACAAGGUUUAUUCUAAGUUGAACGACCACAAGGGGGACUCAGACACACUUACUCUGCCGCUUCUCUUCUCGACUCACAAGCUAUGA